ACAUUUUCACAAUCCAUUUAGAUCUGUGUGUAUUUACCUCUUGACACUUGGUAAGAGUCAUUGUGACAGUGUCUGGUUCAUUUCUUAACAUUGUAAUACCGAGUACAGUGUUAAUCUCAACACUCCUAUCACUGAUACUAGAAAUACCAAGCUCCUUCCUCAUUAAGAACUUUUGUAGAUUUGGAACACCCAAGGAUAAUUCUGAGAGCUUCAUUUUGCAUUAACUCCGAGGGUCGGAGAGAACUUUCUCUAGCUAAUAUCAACAUGGGAGCAGCAUAAUCAAUUAAGGACCUUACAUAGGCUAUGUACAUCAUUCUCACAAUUCUCACAUUAGCACCAUAGUUGGGGUUGUAGCCAGCAACAGCUGUGUAGAGAACCCAGGAUAACCCAAAAAGGUCAGAUAAAGUGACUUAUUUCCACUGGGGUCCUUUAUAACCCUAAUGAUAAUUGCACUAUGUACCUGUACCCAAUGGAAAUAAGUCACUUAGUGUGAAUUUUUUGCAUUAUCCAGGGUAAUUAUACAUAUACUGCUAUGUAUGAUAAUUUAUGUAACUGUAUUUAUGUGUUCCUGUACCUGAAUAAUUUACUUACUAGUCAGAGGUAAUACCACUUGAGCCAUAAGUCACGAGCCACCGUUAAGCCAUACUCACCAACUUUUACCGCUUCUGCUUUCAAAAAAAGUCCCUGUUCACCUUACAUGAACAAUGAAUAACAACACAGAACUGAUUAAUCAGUAUAAAGAGACAUUUCCAGCCUUUGGAUCCUAUAUGGAAUGCAUGUCACGAACUUUCUUAACAGGACUGGCAUCAUUUAGCUUAGCAUUUGGAGGCACUUAUAUUAGCCAGCACCUGUUGAUUAAAUACCUUCCAUACAGUCGCAAGAAUCACAUCAUAGUGUCCAGUGUGGUGGGUUGUUGUGCAGCUUACCAAGUAACAGCUGUUCGAGCCAGAGCUUGUCAGGCUGGCUGGAUGGCAGCUGAGGACAAACACACUUUUCUUAAUCCUAUUUCUGACAGACCAAAACCAUCUGAAGAGAUUAAUAAUAAGUAA